AUGGCCGCCACGUCCCUGGCUUUCGUGGCGCGCCGCGGCGAGCCGGAGCUGGUCGCGCCGGCCGGGCCGACGCCGCAUGAGCUCAAGCGGCUCUCGGACCUCGACGACCAGGAGAGCCUGCGGUUCUACCGCUCCGUCAUCUACUUCUACCGGGGCCACCCAUCGCGGGCGCGCGCCGACCCGGCCAGGGUCAUACGUCAGGGCCUGGCCGCGGCGCUCGUGCACUACUACCCCAUCGCCGGGCGGCUCCGCGAGCUGCCCGGUAGGAUGCUCGCGGUGGACUGCACCGGCGAGGGGGUGUCGUUCGUCGAGGCUGACGCGGACGUCGCGUUGGACGAGUUCGGCGACACGCUGUGCCCGCCGGUCCCUUGCGCCGGCCAGCUCCUGUGCUUGCCGGAGAGCAACUCCGCCGUCGUUGUCGAUCGUCCACUGCUCUACGUUCAAGUGACGAGGUUGAGGUGCGGAGGCUUCGUGUUCGGCAUCCAGGUGUGCCAUAACCUGGUGGACGCGCCGGGCGUCACGCAGUUCCUGCAGGCCGUCGGUGAGCUGGCGAGCGGCAUGGAGGCGCCAAGCGUGCGGCCGGUGUGGGCAAGGGAGCUGCUCGACGCGCGCGACCCACCGUGCCCCAACUACCAACACCCCGAGUACGAGCUCGCGGCCGACGCGGCCAACGACAGGCUCCGUCCGGGCGGCGAGCUCGUGCACCGGGCAUUCCUCUUCGGCCCCGAGGAGUUGUCCUCGCUGAGGGACCAGCUACCGCCGCGGAUGAGGUCGCGGUGCUCCCGGUUCCUGCUCCUGUCGGCGUUCGCGUGGCGCUGCCGGACCGCGGCGCUCGGGUACGAGCCCGGCGACGAGGUGCGGUUCAUGUUCGUGGUGAACGCCCGCGGGAAGCGCGGCUGCCCGCUCCCCGAGGGGUUCUACGGGAACGCGCUCACCUUCGGCGUGGCGCGGACGACGGCCGGCGAGCUCUGCUCGGGACCGCUGGGCCGCGCCGUGGAGCUGAUCGUGGCCGCCAAGGCGCGGGUCGCCGCCGCCGACUACGCGCAGUCGGUGGCCGACGCGCUGGUGCUGCGCGGGCGGCCGCGGUUCACGACGGCGUGGACGUAUCUUGUGACGGAUCUGACUAAGUCGAACCUGCACGAGGUGGACCUCGGGUGGGGCCUUCCGGUGUACGGCGGGCCGGCCACGACGACGCUGGCCACGUUCCACAUUCCUGCGGCGGCCGGAGGAAUUGGGCCGCGCGCUAAAAUCCGGGUUUUCUGGACGCGGGACAGCUCCAGCAGAAUCUGUAGAACAGUGCGCGCGCAAAAAUGGGUUGGGUGCGCGCUGAAAAACACCACUCCCUCCUUUCAUCUAUAUAGGGCCUAA